UUGGAUGAGAACUUUAGAAGAGUAUUGAGAAACUUUAACAAACGUUGGGAGCAGCCAGCUUUAUAAAAGCUAGACGACUGUGGGACGAGCAUAAGUCUGUCUGAGAAUGAUGGCAAGAAUACAGACAACUUUAAUUUGCCUCCUUCUCCCCUGUCUCCUUCAGGAUUCUUUAAGUAGACAUGUCCCUCAUGAAGGUGGCCGUGCUUUGCAACCUCGCAUCCAGAGAGACAUAAAGAAUGUAGAUCCCCCUGUGGUCUUACAGGGGCCAAUAACUCAUGUAACGGAUGUAGACGCAAUCCUCCAGAAGCACAAUAUCACUCUACCAAAUGGCUACCUUGGUCAGUGCACUGUUGUGAACAGCUGUGAGGGUCUGAAAGAGCAACUGGAGGACACAAACAGACAAUUGCAGGAGAAAACCAGCCACACCAUUCAACUGGAACAAGAAGUGUUUAGACUGAAGUUCACAGUGAGACAGUUGAGAGUGAAGUCUACAACCUGCGGUCUGGAAACAUCAGAUCACAUUGCCAAACUGCAAGCUCAGUUGGAGGAUAAGAUGAGUCAACUGGAACAGAUGUCGCAUGACAAUGGAAACCUGGUUCUGAGGAUCACAGCUCUUACCUAUGAAGUGAAUGAACUACAGAAGAAGAACACAACCACCUCAACUUCCACCAAGAUCACUGACCUACUGAGCCAGCUGGAGGAAAAUAACAAACAAUUGCAGUUUAAAACAGAACAACUGGAAAGGAACAGUCGCAGCGCUCAACGUAUUCUUGAGAUUAUUGAACUGCAGACCCAGAUCUGGGAGUUAGAGAAAACAAAUCACAGUCAGGAGACUUUAACCCAAAUCACUGUUCUACAGAGACAACUGGAGGCCAAGAUCAAUGAACUGGAGGGCAACUCCGAAGGGAGUGAUGACUCCAAAAAAGUGGUGAUGAUGAUCACAUUGGAGAAUGAGGUUACAGAGCUACAGAAAAGGAUCUCAGAGCUCACUGAGGAAUCCAAAACUAAAAUUACUGAUCAACAGAGGCAACUGAAGGAGAUGAACCAGCAACUAAUUGACAAGAUAUUACAACUGCCUGACAACAACACUAACACUGAACUAACUGAGGAGAUUUUAGCGUUGCAGAAUGCAAUAAAUAACCUAAACAUACAAAUAUCAAGUCUACAAAAGAAGACCAAUGCCCAACAUGCAGAGCUGCAGAAGACUUUGAACAACAAGGAAAAACAACAAGAAGCUUGGAAGAAACAACUGAAGGGGGAGGACGAGACUAGCGUACAGCUGAUUAUGAAGAUAAUUUCUAUAAUGAGGGAACAGAGGGAUUUACAGAUACAAACAACACAACAGAUGCAGACAACAGCAGCCCAGAUCACUGCACUUCUGCAACAAGUUCAGGACAAAGAGGACGAGAUUGACAGAGUUCAGGCUGAAAACAAAGACCUGCAGAAACAGCUGAAGGAGAAUAAUGCAACGUGUUUCAGUCUCGAGAACAAAUAUGACCGGGUGAGYGGUGAAUUAGAGGACAAGAUAAACUUACUUAACAGUCAAAAUUCAGGCAUCUCCAAACUAGUUCUAAGUAUCGUGGCUCUGAAUGAUGAAGUGAAGUGGCUGAGGACUCAAAUAAUUUCUCCAGAAGCCGCAGACAAGAUCGAUGAGCUGCAGAAGAAACUGGAGCAGAAGAACCGAGAAUUAAAAACGAAGAGCAACGAACUGCAGGAAAAAAGUUCAAACGGACAAAGGAUUCUGAGAAUAAUUGAGGUGCAGAAUCUGAUAUGGGAGUUCCAGAAAGGAGUGGCUACUCAGAGCAACAUUUACCAGAUUGCAGUGCUACAGAAAGAGCUGAAUGACCUGACUGCUGAAAUGGAGGACAAGGCCGAUGACGACUCAAAACUGGUUCUGACGAUAACCACAUUACAGAGUGAGGUGGUCAACCUACAGAGAAUGCUGUCAGCUCUCAGUCAGUCAACCGCAGCCCAGAUAGUUCGGCUGGAGAAGCAGUUGGAGGAUAAGAAGCAGUUGGCCAAGCUGGUUGAGCAGAGUGGAAAGGGUCCAAAAAUGUCAAACCUUGAGAAUCAAAUAAGUGAAAUAGAAAAGAGAAUAGCAGAGCUAAAAGAAGAAAAUCCUGAAGCCAAGAUCACUGAGCUGACAACACAGCUUAAGGAAAGCGAGAGGCAGCUUGAGGAGAACAUAAAAAGACUGAAGAAGAAAGACAGCAAGAAUUCUUACCUGAUUAUGCAAAUUCUUCAUCUACAAAGGAAACUCAGAGACAUACAAAAUGCUGCAUCUCAGCAAUUCAAUGAAACUGCUGCUGAUGUUACUGCGCUUCAGGAACAACUAGAUGCCAGAGAGGAAGAGAGCGCCAGAUGUCAGGCCCAGAACAAAGACCUGGAGAAGAGGCUGGGCGAUAAGGAUGCACAGUGCUUUGGACUCCAGGACCGAUAUGACAGUCUGCAAGAUAAGCUUGGUUCUGCAAUGAAUAAACUGGAUAAUGUAACUGGAUACAACGAUAAACUCGUUCUUGAGGUAUGGACCCUGACUAAUGAGGUAGACGAUCUAAAGAAGAGAACUGUGACUUCUGCAGCUAAGAUCAAUGUCAUGAUUUUUCCUCGUCUUUCAGAGCUCCAAAAGUUGCUGGAUGCGAAGAUCAAAGAACUGGCAAAGAAAACACAGGAACUGGAGGAUAACGCUCCUCAACCAGAGAAUAUUCUAAGGAUCAUUGCAAUACAGAAUGAGAUCUUGAACCUGCAGAAAGGAGUUAGCAAUGGGACAAACUUUGACCAGAUUGCUGCGCUUGAGAAUGAACUGGAUGCAUUGAUUGCCACAAUCGAGGAGAAGAACAAUGGCAACUGUAAACAGAUUCUGCAGAUCAUUGCACUCCAAAAUCAAGUGACAAGAUUACAGAGGCAAGAGUUAGAGUUCAAUCAGUCAUCUGAGGCCAAGAUUGCUGAGCUAGAGAAUCAGUUACAGGAGACGAGAGACCAGCUGAAUGAAAAGAACGACGAGCUGAAAGAAACUGACAGUAGAAUUCCACAACUCAUUGCAGAGAUCAUGGGACUUCGUAACAAACUGACAGAGUUAGAAAGAACAUUAUCAGAGCUCAAACGGACAAGUGCUGACAAGAUGGAAGAUCUACAGAGUCUACUGAAGCAGAAGAGCAAGCAGCUUGAAGAAAACACUACACAACUGAGGGCUGUAGAUGCCAAAAAUGCAGAACAGAUUCUGAAGAUUAUUGAACUCCAGAAAGAAAUGAAAGCGAUACAAACGGAAGCUUCAAAAGCCAAAGAUAAAAGUGUAUCAGAAAUCUCUGAGCUACAGAAACAACUUAAGGCCAAAGAGAAGCUGAAUGCAAGACUAGACUCCAAAAACAUAGAGCUGGAGAAAUUUCAGAAGGAAAUGAAAAUGGAAUGUGAUGAAAUCCAGCACAGGUGCAAAGAGGUACAGCUUCAAAAUGAUCAAAACCAAGAGGACUUGCUUAAAAUGCAGCAGCAAUUGCGAGAGGAGGAGGCAGCCUUCAAUAGACUGCAGCAGCAACUCAGAGACAGCAAGGAUGACAAUGCCAGACUACAGGGGAGAAAUAAGAGUUUGCAAGAGGAGAAUGACAAACUCAAGAUGAAUUUACAAGAUCUUCUGGUAGAUCCAGAAACGAUUGUCCAUAGCACUAAGGUGGCCUUAGACCCGGACACAGCCCAUCCUAAAAUCAUUCUGUCAACGGAUGAGACAGAAAUGUCUGUAGCACAACAGCGACAGAAUGUCCCCAACAAUCCAGGGCGGUAUGACUUGUCUCUUGCUGCUCUUGGAAAGACUGGGUUUAACAGGGGGAGAAAUUACUGGGAGGUUGAAGUGGCUGGGAAGACAUGUUACAACAUCGGAGUUGCCAGAGGAUCAGCUAAUAGGAAGGGGCAGCUGAAACUAAAACCAGCAGAAGGCUACUGGACCAUAAUCUUGACAAAACAAGGUGUGCUCAAAGCCCUUGCAGCUGGGCCACUUGAUAUUCAGCUGCCUGAGCUCCCCCAGAAGUUUGGAAUACUAUUAGACUACAAGAAGGGAGAGGUCUCUUUCUACAAUGCAAAUACCAGGUCUCUUCUCCAUAAAUUCACAGGUAAUAGAUUCACAGAUAAACUAUAUCCAUUCUUCAAUACCUGUCUGGAGAGUAAUGAUGAUGGUCCGAUUGUCUUAACUCCUGUUGGUUCAGUGUCAUGGAUACAGUAGAGAAUGCAUUUGACAUCAAAUUAAUUUCAGUAUAAAAAUCACAUUGCUUUCCUUCACAAAAAAUAAUCUUAAAUGUAAUUAUUUCUGUGGUAUUGAUUCAAGAUGAUGUAAUUUCAAUUAUGCAUUUUCAAUCAUUCAUCAAAUAAAAUAUUGCACCUGA